AUGAAUGAUGCUGAAAACAAUAUGUUUGGUGAUACAGAUGAUGAUGACUGGGCACCUGAUACUGAUGAAGAGUCUAUAGAAGUGGAUUGGACUACAGUGUUACCUACAGAUACAUCAUCAAUGCCAACUGAGAAUGUUGUGGAUGAGGACUCAGAUCAGCUAUACACUCCACCUGGUAGUGAAGAUGAAGAAGAGUAUCAACAUUUUUCAAAUUUUCAAAGCUGUGGAGAUAAAGGGUUCAAGUUAGGGCUGGUGUUUAACAACAAGGAUAUCAUUAAGGAUGCUGUCAAGGAGUAUGCAAUGGUUAACAAUAAAAAUGUGUACUUCAAAAAAAAUGAUGCAAAAAGGAUGGUGGUCAAUUGUGAAGAAGGCUGCAAUUAUCACUUGAGAUUUAGUAAGAGGGCUGGAAAUCAAUUUUGGCAAAUCACCUCCUUAUAUGAAGAACAUGCUUGUGCUAGGACUGCUUAUAAUAGGCAAUCAAAGACUGGGUGGUUGGCAAAGCAGUUUGUCCACAUUCUUAGGCAUACUCCUAAUAUGAAACCAGCAGGGUUGAUAGCUAUAUCAAUUGAAAGAUGGGGUGUGAAGCUGUCAACUGACCAGGCAUAUAGAGCUAAGAGAAAAGCUAUGGAAUUGUUACAAGGUGCUGGGAGGGAUCAGUUCACACAUCUUAGGAGCUAUGCACAAGAACUCUUGAAGUCUAACCCCAAUAGCAAUGUUAUUUUAAAGUGUAGUGAUUCAAGUAAUGGGCCUGUAUUUGAAAGAGUAUAUGUAUGUUUGAAUGCAUGUAAAACUGCUUUUGCAAAAUUCUGUAGACCUUUAAUAGGUCUGGAUGCAUGCUUUUUGAAAGGUGACUAUGGUGGACAACUGAUGGCAGCUGUUGGGAGUGAUGGGAAUAACCAAAUAUUUCCCAUUGCAUAUGCUGUUGUAGAGGCUGAGACCAAGGAUUCAUGGGAAUUGUUUAUAAAUCUUCUCUUAGAAGACUUGCAAUCAGUGAACAAUGUGUCAUAUGCCUUUAUCUCAGAUCAACAAAAGGGACUUGUACCAGCUGUCCAAGGAGUAAGUGAACAUGUUGAGCAGAGGCUGUGUGUGAAACAUUUAUAUGGAAAUUGGAAGAAGAAAUUUUCAGGUUUAGUUUUGAAGGAGGUCUUUUGGAGUGCAGCAAGGGCUACUACCAUUCCAGAAUGGGAGAGAGCAAUGAUUAGGCUUAAAGCCUUGAAUGAAGAUGCUUGGAAAGAUAUUAAUGAAAUACCUGCAAGAUUUUGGUCUAGGUCACACUUCAAGACACAUGUUAAGUGUGAUCUUCAAGUUAAUAAUUGGUGUGAGGCAUUUAAUAGGGCUAUUUUGGAACAUAGGGACAAGCCCAUUAUAAGCUUGUUAGAGGGGAUUAAACAUUACAUCACCAAGAGGAUUACAAGUCACAAGGAAAUGAUGCAAAAGUACAAUGGAGUGAUAUGCCCUAAUAUCCAAGCAAUUGUUGAAAAGAACAAGAAGAAUGCUCAUGGCUGGACUCCUACAUGGCAUGGUGAUGAUGACAUGGCAAUAUUUGGAGUUACUAAUGGGAUGGACACUUUCUGUAUCAACCUCAAAGACAAGACAUGUUCAUGCAGGAAAUGGAUGUUGAAUGGUAUUCCUUGCAGCCAUGCAAUCUCAUGUAUGUGGCAAAUGAAGAAAUCUCCAGAAGAGUAUGUUGAUGAUUAUUACAAGACUGCUAAAUAUUUGGAGUGUUAUGGCAACAUAGUUUAUCCAACUAAUGGACCACAACUGUGGCCUGUUAUUGCUGGAGAAGUUGCAGUCAACCCACCCUUGAUGAGAAGAGCUAUUGGGCGCCCAAAAAAGAUGAGGAACAAGUCAAAUGAUGAGCCAAGAAACCCUAAUGUGCUGCCAAGGACUUUGUCAACAGUCUCAUGUAGGAAAUGUGGAGCUGUUGGACAUAACAUUAGAAGUUGCAAGGGUAAAAGAGCUGCAGAUAGGUCCAUACCUGUUGGUGGUAACAAAAAGGCAAGGGCUGAGGCUGCUACUGCUAAGGCAAAGACUAAGGCUGCUACUGCUAAGGCAAAGACUAAGGCUGCUACUGCUAAGGCAAAGACUAAGGCUGCUACUGCUAAGGCAAAGACUAAGGAUGCUACUGCUAAGGCAAAGACUAAGGCUGCUACUGCUAAGGCAAAGACUAAGGCUGCUGCUACUAAGGCAAAGACAAAUGAACCUGACAUUGCUUCAUCAUCACAAGGACCACCUGCCACACAGCCUACUCAAGAAUAG